CAAUACAAAGUAAGGAUAAAAAUCCUCUCAAAAUAGAAAAAAUAAAAUAAACACUAGUGUGUGUGUGUGUGUGGAAAAGAUACACACAAGAAAAUGGGAAGAGCUCCAUGUUGUGAUAAAGCAAAUGUAAAAAGAGGUCCAUGGUCUCCUGAAGAAGAUGCUAAACUUAAAGAUUUUAUUCACAAAUUUGGUACUGCUGGAAAUUGGAUCGCACUUCCUCAAAAAGCUGGACUAAGGAGAUGUGGAAAGAGUUGUAGAUUGAGAUGGCUAAAUUAUUUAAGGCCAAAUAUAAAGCAUGGUGAUUUUUCUGAUGAAGAAGAUAGAGUUAUUUGCAACUUGUAUGCUAACAUUGGAAGCAGGUGGUCAAUUAUAGCAGCUCAAUUACCAGGAAGAACAGACAAUGAUAUCAAGAAUUACUGGAAUACAAAGCUCAAGAAAAAGCUCAUGGGAUUAAUAAUCCCUAAUAAUAAUACUUCUUAUAAUUAUCAAAAAAAAUUACCAUAUUUUCCAUCUACUACUACUACUACAACCUCUCUUCAUCAAGCCCAACAAAAUCUUGGGCCUUUUAUUACAGGCCCAGAACAGCCCAUUAUUAUUCCAUCAGCCCAACAAAAUAUUUUGUACACCAAUAAUAACAACAACAACAACAAUAUGAUGAUGAUGACCAAUAAUAACUUUCCAAAUUUUGGUGCUACAAAUUAUAAUUUGCAAAAUUAUCCACAAUUUGGAGAAGUUACAAGUUCUUCAUCAGAUGGAAGUUAUUGCAGCCAGAUGAGUUUUGGUUCUAAUAAUAAAGACAAUAUUAAUAUUAAAAGAGAAGAAGUUAUGAGUUUUGGCCAUCAUGAUGUUGCUGUUUUUGAAGAAAUUAAUAACCAACAAUUUAAUUUUGGUUAUUUUGGAAAUACUAUGGAGCAACUUGCUACAAGUUGUUGUACCAAUGGUAACAGUGGUAGUACCACUAGUAGUAACAAUUUGUUGUUGUACAAUAAUGAUGAGAAUUGUAACAAGUCAAAUGAUAUAGGGAUAUUUUAUUAUUGAAAUCACUAGUAAUUAAAUGACUUGUUGGGAAAAAAAAUGUAAGUACAAUUGUGGAAGAUUUGAUAGUGUUGUGGAGGGUAUGGGGUUAUUGCCAAGUAGAUUUUGUACUUUUGGGGGGGAGUUUUGUGUAGCUACUUAUGUUGUAAUUGAAUGAAGAAAAAAAAAGGUUCUUGAUUUCAUUUCAUCUUCAGUGUUCGUCAUGAGGUUGAUUAAUUUAAA